AUGGGGAGCCUCCGCGGCUUGCACCUGGUGGCGGGGAGUUGCUUUAGAGUAUGUGAAAGAGAUGUUUCCUCAUCCCUAAGCCUCACCAGAACCUCUGCUUUGAAGAGAACAAAUGGAUUUUGCACCAAACCACAAGGACGUCCCAAAGCCCCAUGCCACGUCUACAGCCAUGGGGUGCCGUUACACAAGCCUACAGACUGGGAGAAGAAGAUCCUGAUCUGGUCGGGCCGCUUCAAGAAGGAAGAGGAGAUCCCCGAGACGAUCUCGUUUGGGAUGCUGGAUGCCGCAAAGAACAGGAUCCGGGUGAAGAUCAGCUAUCUGAUGAUGACCUUGACCGUGGCUGGAUGCAUUUUCAUGGUGACGGAGGGCAAGAAGGCCGCCAGAAGAAAUGAGUCGUUAACAAGCCUGAACUUAGAAAAGAAAGCUCGUCUGAGAGAGGAGGCACUGAGAGAAGCAGCGACUUCGAAGGCCAAGGCCAAGUAA